AUUACAUUAACUUGCGCGGAUUUCAAAGUAGGUUGCGGAGUUCGCGAUUUUGAUUAAUGAAUUCUAGGACUAAAAUAUCUAAGUUUAUUAUUUGGAUCUGUCGUUGCUUGUCCUAAAUCCCUUUCAACCGCACAUGCUUAAUAUGUCAAGUAUUUUUGGUGAGAUAUGCCAGCUUUUCUGUUGUCCUCCGCGACCUUCUCAUAUUGUCGCAAAGCUGGCCUUCUUGCCGCCCCCGCCGACUUAUUCUAUCACCACGUCGGCUAACGAUUCAACCUGCCGCAUUGAUUUCAAACCCGAAGCUGGUUGGCAGAUUUCUGAAGAUUUAAAAUCUAAACUGACAGUUUUUUAUACGCUUACAAAACGUCAGUCUCGAAUUGUUUGUAUGCAUAUACCAGCAAAUUCUGUUAUGUCACCUUCACAGUUCUCAUCGAACCUAUCGUCACGUCGUGCUUUGUCUUCACAAUCAAGAGUAAGAAGUCCUGCACUUAGCGUUAGUUGUCCAACUCUUAUUGAUGAGGGCAAAUAUGGAUCUGCUCAUCCAGCUUUCUACGGUGAUUCAUCACAUCAGGCAAAUUAUACGGUCUUAUUCAGUCAUGGAAAUGCAGUUGACAUUGGUCAGAUGGCUGGAUUUCUUCAAUCAUUAGCAUAUCGUUUUGGUGUAAAUAUUCUAUGCUAUGAUUACUCGGGUUAUGGUGCAAGUUCUGGUCAAAGACUUGAAGAAAAUUUAUACGCAGAUGCGGAUGCAGUGUUGCAUGAAUUAAGGGAACGUUUCAAUGUACCGCUUAAUCGUAUUGUCUUAUAUGGACAAAGUAUUGGGACUGCACCUACAGUUGAACUGGCGACUAAGUACAAGGUUGCUGGUGUGGUUCUUCACUCUCCAUUUAUGUCUGGUCUACGUGUUGUCUGUCCUGGAACAACUCGUCGAUUCUGUUUUGAUCCUUUUACAAACAUCGAUAAAGUCUCUCGGAUACUUUCACCAACUCUGAUUAUUCAUGGAACUGAUGAUGAAAUCAUUGGCAUUGAUCAUGGCAGAGAAUUAUAUUCUCGGCUUACUUAUCCUCUGGAACCUGCAUGGAUUGAAGGAGCAGGUCAUAAUGAUAUUGAGUUAUUUUCUGAGUAUGCGGCUCGAUUAGAUCGAUUUUUCAAUGAAGAUAUUAUUGAUUCACAGUGUGAGAUUUCUUCAAAUGUGAUCGAUUCUGUGGCAGAAUCCCUUCAUACUGAAGAAUCCUCGAAUCUUCGUCAACAGACAUCACUUCCUAGUCAGUCAACUCAACUAAAAUCUACAGAAGUAAAAGAGAAUGUUUGUUCAACUUCUCAGUCUUCCACUCAUGGCAAUACCACUGAAGUCUUUAGUGGUGCAGUAGAUGUUGUUACAUCAGCUACAUCCACAGAUUCUACCUCGAGUGCAACAUCUGUAUUUAAAUGUGAAUCUCCUGGCGAUGAUAAUACAGCUACUUCUGGUGGUGAUAAAGCUGUUAGUGAAAGUGCUACCAAGAGUAAUGCAACAUCCUCAAAUGCUUCUUCAGACAAUGUUUGUACCACUCCUAAUGGAAUUCAGUCCACUUCUAGUACUGCUCAAUUGUUUCACUAGGUCUAACUAAUUCGUUCAAUGUGGUUCACAUUGUAAUGUAAAAGACACUUUACUCCAAUUUGUUCAUAAAAUCACUAAAAUAAAAUUGUUAAAUAUGUGUGUACACAUUACACAUUAUUUGUGUAUAUGAUUUCCUGUUUACAUCUGGAAUAAUUUGUUAUGCUCUAUUUCAGUUUGUAUUUUAUGUUCUUAUUGCAUUUCACUUCCUUUUUUUCUUUCUAAUUAUUAUCAACUACACUCAACUAUAGGGAAAAUAACUCGGGGUGUUUAGCUUACAAGCUUUCUUUUUUUUCAAACUACCUACUAAAAAAAAUCAAUUGUUUGUUUUAUAUAGGAAAAAAAUUUUUUUAUGGUUGUUUCUUUUUCUUCCUAUUUCAUUGGAGUAUGUUUUCAUUCUCUAUAAGCCGAUACUUACGGUGGAUCUCGUUUUUGCCUAAAUCAUUACAAGGUUCCGAAGGGGAAAAAAACAAAACAAAACACAACGUUUACGUUUAACAUUUAGUUGUUAUGUCUGAUUUAUUUUGUAAUCUCAAGCUUUUUUUUGUAAAAUUUCUACUUAAUACACGCCUCUCUUUCUUGUUUUCCUUCGUUGGAUAAAUGAAUAGUAAAACAAAUUUCCUCUUUCUUUAUCUUCAAUGUUUGUUUUUUUGAGAGUCAUAAUUUAGCUUUAGGGAAAAAACAUGUAACUUGAUGAGAGAUGAAAUCGUUUACUAUUUAUUGCGUAGCCGUACAAAUGGAACACAAUGUUUGUGCAUGUUCUAUUCUUUCUUCCCAUUACAGCAAACAAUCUCAAAUAUGCAGUUGUGUGUGUGUGUGUGUGUACUGAUUGUUGGAUUCUAUAUGAUAUAGAUAUAUAUGUUCUAUAAACUCUCAGUUUACAUAAUCUGGUUCAGCCAACUCUUCUUUUUUAAUUAGUAUUUAUUGAUAGCAAUAUUGAAAAGGGAUUUUCUAUUUGUUUUCAUUUGAUUGUAUUACUUGUGUUUUAUUAUUAUUAUUAUUAUUAUUACUACUGUUAAGUAACGUUUGGUAUUCAUUUGUAUAUGAAUAAAAUUUUAUUUUUCUUUGUUUAUUACUCUCUUGGUUCUCCUCUUAAAAUUUCACCUUGUUGUUAAGUUGAUUCUCGAAUAGUAGUGAAAUAUUAAAGUGAAUAUUACUUUGUGCAAUUUGUUAUAACUGUUAUUUUAAAUAUUCUGUCAAUUAGUAGUAAUAGUAAUAUUAUUAUCAUUACUGUACUUUAUGUAUAAAACUAUGCAUAUGCUGCUGACAUACAGGUG